AUGGCAUCACAUCCGAACAUCACUCCCUUCGAUCCGACAUUCGACUCUGAAAAGAUCGCCGCCCUCCGCAAUGCCCUCUCCAGCUCCCGUCCGCCUCUAGACGACGCCCUGCCCGAGAUACAAGAUCCAUCCGAGCACGGCAUCACACCCAAAUUCGCCUCCGCUCUCUGGAACAGCUGGCAUAGCACGUUCUUGUGGUCCACUGCCGCCGCCAAAAUCGCCAAAUGGCCACACUUCCUCGCCAACUUCCCCUCUCCGGAUCCCUCCACCGAAAAUGACCUCUCCAUUCACUUCCCCGGCUCCUUCUACGAGUUCAGCGAAGUCAUCACUCCCUUAAGCGAUCCCUCCGCGACUCCAUCCUUCCACAUCAUCGUACCCUCCCUCCCCGGCUUCGUCUUUUCCUCAGCUCCACCCCGCGCCGGCUGGACUGUCAAAGACACAGCGCGUAUCUUCCACCAGCUGAUGCUAUCUCUCGGCUACCAGUAUUACGCUGUGCAAGCGGGUGACUGGGGAGCUAUGGUGGCGAGAGAGCUGGGCGCACAGUAUAGUGAGCACUGCAGGGUGAUGCAUUUGAAUUGGUGUCCGGGGAGUGUGCCGGAAGCGGAGAGGGGAGAGGAAUCGGAAAGGGAGAAGAAGUGUCGAGAGCAGAGAGAGGCGGGUUGGUCGGGUUCGUGGGUGAGAAGCUGUAUUGCUACCUCGGCAUCGAUCUACUACGAGAACCCGCGCCACGACCAGUUCGCGGCUUAUUGCUCUGCAGAGGAGAAUCUGAUCAGGUGUCCGGUCGGAUACACGAGCAUGGGCUUCGACACGGCACCGAAUUCGAGAAGAGGAGCCGAGACAACGGUAGCAAAGGGGAAGUUAGUUUGGUACAAGGAGAGGGACUGCGCAGGACACUUUGCAUGCCUCGAGGACCCUGAGGGUAUGAUUGAGGAUAUUCGGGAGGUUGUUGGUAAGUUCUGGGACCGGUAG